AUGUCUAAACAUGAAUUGAAAGAUAAGAAGAGAAAGUCUGUGGACGGAGAAGACGUCUCCAAAUCCAAAAAGGUGAAGAAAGACAAGAAGGAUAAGAAGGAUAAGAAGGCCAAGGACGGAAAUGACAAGGUUAAGGAUAAGAAGGAUAAGAAUAAAAAGGAUAAGAGCAAGACGGAUAAGAAUUUGAAGGAGGUGCAGGAGACCGAGGCUCACACCGGGUCCGAAACCGCCCCAGUUGGCGACAGCACUGCAGCUGCAGGCUACGUCGAAAGUAAAGAGCUUGCCUCUGUGCCCCAGGCAGACGUUGACACGUUCUUCUCCGAGAACGAGGUUGCAGUGGAGGACCCGGAGUCCCUGGGUUUCAGGCCCCUGCUAUCGUUCUCACACCUCAAUCUGCACUCGGCGAUCCAGAAAGAAAUAUCGAAGUUUCCAAAGCCCACCCCGAUCCAGGCGGUCUCGUGGCCAUAUCUGCUAGCGGGGAAGGACGUAAUUGGUGUUGCAGAAACGGGCUCCGGUAAGACUUUUGCGUUUGGUGUCCCUGCCAUCAACAGCCUCAUGUCCGAAAAGUCCACCCCACGUGGUGUUAAAUGUUUGGUCAUCUCGCCCACGAGAGAACUCGCGUCUCAGAUCUACGACAAUCUGGUGCAGCUCACCGAUAAGGUGGGUCUAAACUGCUGCUGCGUCUACGGCGGUGUGCAGAAGGACAGCCAGCGUGAGCAGCUCAAGAAGGCGCAGGUUGUCGUCGCUACGCCCGGCAGAUUGCUGGACCUGAUCGAGGAGGGCAGCGCGAAGCUUGCCGGUGUGCAGUACCUCGUUCUGGACGAGGCUGACAGGAUGCUCGAAAAGGGUUUUGAAGAGGACAUCAAGCGGAUCAUCAAGGAAACAAAGUCCGACGUGCGCCAAACGCUGAUGUUCACCGCCACCUGGCCCAAGGAGGUGCGCGAGCUCGCCAGCACUUUCAUGCGGGCUCCAGUCAAGGUCUCGAUCGGUAAUCGCGACGAGCUGUCCGCCAACAAGCGCAUCACCCAAGUUGUUGAAGUCAUAGACCCCUUCAAGAAGGAGAAGAGGCUGCUAGAACUACUGAAACAGUACCAGUCUGGCGCCAAGAAGAACGACAAGGUGCUUAUCUUUGCGCUGUACAAGAAGGAGGCCUCGCGUGUCGAGAGAAACCUGAAGUACAAUGGCUACAACGUCGCGGCCAUCCACGGCGACCUCUCCCAGCAGCAGAGAACCCAGGCCCUCUCCGAGUUUAAGGCCGGCACCGCCAACCUGCUGCUCGCCACCGACGUGGCCGCCAGAGGCCUGGACAUACCCAACGUCAAGACCGUCAUUAACCUGACUUUCCCGCUGACCGUUGAGGACUACGUUCACAGAAUCGGCAGAACCGGCAGAGCUGGCGCCACCGGUGUGGCCCACACUCUCUUCACCGAGCAGGAGAAACACCUGGCCGGCGCCUUGGUCAACGUUCUGAACGGCGCGGGCCAGCCCGUUCCGGAGGAGCUCAUGAAGUUCGGUACGCAUACCAAGAGAAAGGAGCACAAUGCCUACGGUGCCUUCUACAAGAAUGUCGACCUCACCAAAAAGGCCAAGAAAAUUACCUUCGACUAG